AUGACACAAGCACAGGAAAAGGGAAGGUGCGAUGGCUACAGCCCGUGCCGAGCUCAAUUCACGAUGCUGCGGAUUGAUGUCGUUACGAGUACUGGAAAGCCUGCCGAUAAAGCAAUCGUUAUUUCUACGCUCGUCUUUACUUUUAGAUUGGAUAGCAGGAUGGGCCGUCUCAGCAUAUUUUCCUGGUCAUCGGUGAAAGGAAGCAACUCGGGUUCCGACAUCAGUCGAUCCUGGACUUUGAUGAGUCGACCUCAAUCGACGACAACCCAGCCUGGACAACAAAAAAUAGACUCGGCAGGAGAUACUGAUCCUGACGGGCUGAAGGAAUCCAAAACAGGGUGUACGCACAGCGACGAGGGUGCUACAAGCCGUUACUCGUCGCAGAAAGAGAACCGUGCAAACCCAUAUGGUCUAACGCCUCAGACAGAUCCAGAUGUCACUAACCGCGAUGUCUUAGAGCCAAUCACGCUUGGGCCAAAUACAGGCUCCUUUUCCCGACGCCUCGCAGGCUUCAAGACUCUUUUUCGCCAUAGACAUCGGCGGCGAAGGCUUGAUUUCUUCAUCACCAAAGACGAAGCCGUAGAGGUAGCUCGUAACUACCCUUGUCGUUCAAGCCGGGCUUCCGAGGAAGUCGGCGACGAUGGAUGCGAAGACGAUGAAGUUGCAGCUGCCGCGCAGCCCAGCAGUUCGCCCAAAGGUCCUAUACCCAACGACGAUACUCGAAAAGUCAGCGAUACGACUGAGAAGUCCGUGAACUCGAAUGCCACCAAUGUUACUGUUUGCCAUCAUCCAUCUAAGCGCUUAUCAAUGCCUAUUAUCGUUGUUGACCGAGAUUUCGCACAUUCAAAUCCAUUCGAUGACAUUUGGGAAGCCUCGCGCUCUGAAACGCACCUCAGUAACCCAUUUAAAGAGCAAGCAAGGACCACCGAGUCUACAGAGCGGUCUAGUUCCGGAUACAGCGGCUCAGAGAACCCUUUUUCUUCAUUACAGGGACAUGUACUAGAAUUGAGUAACUCAUCUCGAUCAAGCUGGGGUUGCCCUUCAGGGCUCAACGGCUGGCCAACGCCUUCCGAUAGGCGUUCUGCUACUCAAGCAUUCAACAGGCUAGCGUCCGAGCUAUUUUUGGACCCCCUGGGUGACAAUUCUUGCCGAACAGAUAAGGCUGCCACCCCGGUACAGAAUCUCUUCGCCGACCCUGGUAACCUUGAAACGGCCACUCAAGCGUAUCAUUAUUUUGCACAGCAAGUGCUAUCCGCAGAGAAGGAAAGGACCAAGAUCCACAUGACGAUGAGGAGCAGUAAAAUGCCAGAUUUCUUGGACGACGUCCCCACGUCAGAAGAAACGCAGAACUCGCAUGUCCUCAGUGUCGCCUUUACGUUUAGGGCAUUGUUGGCGGGACUGCCUGGUGGUGUACUUGGCUCCGUGCAAUUAUGGCGGGUACUCGUGAACAUCUACCAUGGACGCAUCUCCCCGCAAUCAGUUCAGCGGACUGGUAGCUGUCUCGCAGGACUCUCAGCAGAGGACUAUGCCAAGGUCCGAGCUAUCAGUUUAGCCAUUGUGGCGCUUACGAGCUCCAUGCAACUCAACCUCAUCUGCGGGGUCUUUGGGCUCUGCUCAUUGCUUCUCCAUGAAACAGAACGAAUGUUGGAAAUAGAGCGAUGUCAACGACGGACGAAUCGCCGCAUUGCCAGUGGUGCAGACAAGCUCAGUUUGGAGCGAUUUGCACUGACACUGGGGCCACUCCUCAUUGAUCCGCGAGGACAAGGAGGCGACGCAGGCGCAUUCCACAUGGGUCCCGACGAGAUUGAAAGCCAGCGGGUGGUCACGCUCUUGAUUGGGAACUGGCGCAGCAUCAGUCGACAGUUGCGAAUCUGGGAGCGGCGUGGGCUUGAAGAGCUGGAAGGGCGAGCGCAGGCAAGGACACGGGCACGCGCAACGAGCGGCGAAAGCGAGAAAGCAGUAGAGAGAUGCCAGAAAGAGUGUAUAUAA